CCUAUCACAUGUGAUGGUGAGUGUUUUCUUUAUCCUCGUACUUUCCUGUCACCAAAUUGCAACACCUCACUAUUUUUCAUCCAUUUACCCUGCAGAGAGGGCCAGGUCAAUUUCGAAGAGGUUUUAAGAAAAGCCAACCUUUGUGAGAGCACAGAAAGGAUGUCACAUAAUACUGCCUUGAAGGAUUCUAGCACAAAAGGGGGCGAAGGCAGCAAAUAAAACAUUCAGACCAACUUUGGUGGGAGGUGGACCCCUGAGAGAGGGGAUUAGGUUUCUAGGGAACGUCUCUAAAAUUGAGUUCUUAGAAGCUUUGUCUCUUGGAGAUUGCAGAACCGGGAGAAGCUGCUGGACCAAUCUGGACCACGACAUUCCUUUCCAACAAAGCCAAGCUAUGGAUUUUGCUAUCAUUUACAUCAAGUUAAAGAAAGCUAUCGCUGUAGCACAGAAAGCCUCACAGGAGGACCAGGAUGGAAAUUACAAGGAAGCCAUCCAGUCCUACAAGCAUGCCGUCAAGUACUUUCUUCACAUUUUGAAACGUGAACCUCAAGGUAAAGAUGGAAACCAGAAGAUUAGAGAUAGAUGUAAACAGUAUCUGGACAGAGUGGAAGAACUACAAGAGUACCAAUUGAAUAAAGAGAAAGCCAUUGAUCUUGCCGGCAAGGCUGCUCAGGAAGAUAAAGCUAAGAACUAUGAAGAGGCUCUUCGCCUGUAUCAAGCUGCUGUUCAGUACUUUCUACAUGUGGUAAAAUAUGAAGCGCAGGGUGACAAAGCAAAACAGAGCAUCCGCGCAAAAUGUGUUGAGUACCUAGACAGAGCGGAGAAGCUGAAAGAAUACCUGAAGAAGAAAGACAAAGCUCCUCCUGCGAAGCCUGUCAAAGAGUCACAGUCGGAGGAAAAAGGGAAUGAAAGUGAUGAGGGAGAUGAUCCAGAGAAGAAGAAGUUCCAAAAUCAACUUUCAGGUGCAAUUGUCAUGGAGAAACCAAAUAUCAAAUGGAACGAUGUUGCUGGUUUAGAGGGAGCCAAAGAGGCCCUAAAAGAAGCUGUAAUUCUUCCCAUCAAAUUUCCACACCUUUUCACAGGAAAGAGGACUCCAUGGAGAGGGAUCUUGCUGUUUGGUCCUCCUGGUACAGGAAAGUCCUAUCUGGCUAAAGCCGUUGCCACGGAAGCAAACAACUCAACCUUUUUCUCCAUUUCUUCAUCUGACCUGGUCUCCAAAUGGCUGGGAGAGAGUGAAAAGUUGGUGAAGAAUCUUUUCACCCUUGCAAGAGAGCACAAGCCUUCUAUCAUCUUCAUCGAUGAGAUCGACUCCCUGUGUGGUUCGAGAAGUGAGAACGAAAGCGAAGCUGCUCGUCGUAUUAAAACAGAGUUCCUAGUUCAAAUGCAGGGUGUGGGAAAUGACAAUGAGGGAGUGCUGGUUCUUGGGGCAACAAACAUCCCUUGGACUCUCGACUCUGCCAUCAGAAGAAGAUUUGAAAAAAGGAUCUACAUCCCUUUGCCUGAGGAGCACGCCCGCUCCUUCAUGUUUAGGCUCCAUCUGGGCUCCACCCCCAACAGUCUCAGCGACGCAGACUUCGUCGCUCUGGGCAAGAAGACAGACGGAUACUCGGGAGCAGAUAUCAGCAUCAUAGUCAGAGACGCCCUAAUGCAGCCGGUUCGGAAGGUCCAGUCAGCAACCCACUUUAAACGGGUACGAGGCCCAUCAAGAGAUGACCCUGACAUUACUAUUGAUGAUUUCUUGACUCCAUGCUCACCUGGUGAUCCCAACGCGAUUGAAAUGACCUGGAUGGAUGUCCCUGGGGAGAAACUUUUGGAACCAGUGGUAUCCAUGUCUGACAUGCUGAGGUCUCAAGCCAACACAAAGCCAACAGUCAAUGAACAAGAUCUAGAAAAACUGAAAAAAUUCACAGAAGAUUUUGGACAAGAGGGCUAAGUUGGUUUAUGAUGCCAAACCAAAGCAAAGAACCUGUAAUUGUCCUAUUUGUUUUAUCUGUCUCAUGCUAACUGUUCACUAAGCCUCUUGGGUUGUCUAAAUGGACUUCUCUGUAUUUUAUUUUUCCAGUUUGAUAACCAUAGAAAAGGUGGGAGGCCAUGAUUUAUGUCAUAUUCACUAUUGUCCAGAGCAAAUUAAAGGCUUGUCAUGCACAGUUGUGGUUAAAAUAUCGCAACCACAUUUGUAAUUUUUUUUUUAUUUAAAAGACUAUUUAUGACCUGAGUAAAAAAAGAGUAUGUAUGACCUGAUUACUCAAAUGAAUUAGAAAAAUUUGGAACGUACAAAAAUAUAGCAAGUAAUCCUCUGAAAGUGGUGUCUUGUUUUUGUUUUCCAGAGUUUGUCAGAGUAGAAUUAAAAAUACACCUUUAUAUCGUUUCUAUUUUUAUACAGAUAAAACAAGCAUUGUGCAGCCUACACUCUACUUGAGUGUGAGAAACCUUUAAAAGUGCAAGUGGUAAGCCUUAAAUUUACAUAUGUUAAAAUGGGAAUGUCCUUGACUACAUUUUAGAGCUUCGAGUGAAUUUGGGUUGUUUAUGCGUUUUUCAGGCAAGUUAGUAGGGAGGCCUGUGUGUUCAGUCACCUUUUGAAAUAAACCUUGCUAUUAAGAAGGUAUCACUGGUGUACCAGCUUUACAUAAGCAUUGCUUAAGGACUCUGAAUAGUUGAAUCAUCUGUGGGUUUAUUUCAUACUGUACAUAUUAAUGCAUACCUAAAGGCUUUGCUUUAUUCGGGAAAAGUAAGCCCUGUGUUAUAGUGAGAGCGAUUGUGGGUUGAGUUUGUGGCUAAGAUGGAGAAAUUAUUUUUGAGUGCUUAAAGCAAAUAUUUGCAAUUUCAGGCUUGACCUUAUAGUAGCCAUAAUUGGCAGUGAUGUGUGCACCAAUGUGCCUUCUAGAAAAGCUGCAUGUUUUUUUUAUUUCAAAAGUAGUGAAAUUUCUAAUGUAUAGAUUAAUAUAAAGUGCAUUGUCACUCAUGUAAGUUCUUUUAGAUUGUAUACAGCAGUACUCUUGUUCCUGAGAUGUCCUGUCACUUUUUUUUUACAGUCUAUGCAUUUGUCACACACUCAUGAGCUUUUUCCUUUGAGAAGAGGUAAUCAUGGAAUAAGUGUUCCUGUUUUCCACUCCCUCUGUAAAUUGAAAUUAAAAAUUUGUCUAAAUCA